GUGCCUCAAGGUAGUGCAUAUAAGUGUAUUUAGAAGAUGGGCAAAUUCGGAUUAAUUUGCCUAAUAGCGGGCCUAUACUAUGCCCAAAUUAGUGCAUCUCCUAUCUUUGAUAUAACCUCUAGUGUUAUGGUUGCAGAAGAAGGAGAAGUUAGCUAUCGCCUACCUAACAAUACCCACCCUAUUCGCUAUGACGUCAGCUUCAGGACCCAAAUCCACAUAGCUAAUUUUGACUACACAGGUUCAGUGACGAUCCUCAUUAGUGUCACAGAACCCACCGAUGUUAUCACAAUGCACAGCCGAGAUAUUGCAGUGAAUAACAUUAUUGUGCGCGUUCAGGGAGGCACAGAAAACCUCUAUCAAUCCGAUGCUUAUGAUAGUGAUACAGAAUUCCUUACUAUAACCACAACGAGAGCUUUGACGGUUGGCAAUUAUGAAGUACUUAUUGACUUCGAAGGAGUUCAUUCGACUCGAGUGACUUAUGGAUGGUAUGCAGCAGCUUAUACAAAUAAUGACGGAACUCAAGUAUGGCUUGCAACAACAGAUUUUGAAGCACCAGAUGCUCGUCAGGCCUUCCCUUGCUACGACAGUCCCGAAUUCAAAGCAGUUUUCAAAUUUACCAUUAAUUACGAUCAGUCAUAUGAUGCCAUUUCCAAUAUGCCCGUGAUUAGUACAACAAACAAUCCCGAUGGAACAAAAACCACAACUUUCGAGGAUACUCCAGUCAUGUCAACUUAUUUGCUGGCCUUCAUUGUAUCCGAUUUUGAUAAACUCUGUGGUCAGGACAGACAGUCACGUAGUCAUUGUGCGUAUGUUCGACCAAAUGCUCAGGAUCUUGUUAAGUGGUCCCUAGAUACAGCUAUCAAAGGUGUAGAAGCUCUUGACGAUAUUUAUGGUGUUAUCUAUCCUCUGCCUAAGCUCGAUCAAAUCGCAAUUCCGGACAGUUAUUUUGGAUCUGGUGCUAUGGAAAACUGGGGUCUUGUGACCUACCGCGAGACUCGUCUCUUGCUCAAUGAAUCCUGGUACAAUUACCGCGAAAAGGACAGCAUUGGAACUGUGAUCUUGCAUGAAUUUGCCCAUCAGUGGUUUGGAGAUCUCGUCAGUCCCCAAUGGUGGACUUAUCUAUGGUUAAAUGAAGGAUUUGCAACACUUUACGAGUACUACGGUACUACCAGGGUUUAUCCAGACAUGAGACUAAUGGACUUGAUGGUGUAUGAAACAGUACAAGGAAUUAUGUUGAGGGAUGGAGUAGAAGGUACCCGUCCAAUGACCCAUUAUGUCGAAACAAGGGCUAACAUUCGAGGCUUAUUUGACUACGUCAGCUACCAAAAGGCAGGAACUGUUCUCAGGAUGAUGAUGUAUGCCCUAACCGAAUCAACCUGGCACAAAGGACUGAAGUACUACCUUGAAGCAAAUGCAUAUGGAAAUGCCGUUGCUGAGGACUUAUUUGCUGGAAUUCAGACAUCCGUAACGGAAGACAAUGCCCUACCAGCUGGCCUCACAGUAUUGGAUAUCAUGAACUCCUGGACAAGGGUCGGAGGAUUCCCAAUUGUCACAGUUGCAAUAACUGGAACAAAUACCUUUAGCCUCACCCAGAAAGUCAUGAUCAAUGAUAAUCCAAAUAAACCAGCGUCAAAUUGGUACAUUCCCAUCACGUACAGCACCAGAAAUAAUCCAAACUUUGACCAGACAAAGGCCCAGGAGUGGUUCCGUGGAAAUACCAAUAGUCUCGAGGUUACCGUCAAUGGAUGGAAUAGUGAGGAAGAUUGGUUGGUCCUCAACAAUCAGCAAACUAGCUACUACCGAGUAAAUUAUCCAAUUGAUAAUUGGCGCAAAAUUGCUGAUGAACUGAACAAUCACACUUAUACCACCAUUCACCUUCUCAAUCGUGCCCAAUUGAUUGAUGAUUCCCUAGAUUUGGCCUCAUUUGGCAUCUUGGACUUAGAUAUUCCACUUAGAAUUUCAUAUGCCCUCCGAAGUGAGACGGAUUAUAUUCCUUUUGCCAGCUGGAGUUCUGGAUUCACAACUUUCUUCAAUAGACUUGUUCUUUCUGAUCAUUCUGAGACAAUAAUGGAUUAUGUCCGACAAAUUGUGGAGAAUUUCUACGGAGCCUACAGAGCGACAGGUACUUCAAGUGAUGUAUACUUCACAAUAUUGGCUAGGGCACUUGCGAUCCAAUGGGCUUGUCGGGUAGGAAAUAGUGAUUGUCUCGAAGAUACACGCAAGGAAUUGAGUGAUCACAUCAACAAUGGCAAAAUCUUCCCUCUGGACUAUGCCUCAGUGAUGCCCUGUGCCGGAAUGAGAAAUGCCACAGAUGAGGAUUUCUUAGCGUAUUUUGAUCGUCUGAGAACAACUACAUCAUCUCGCAAUACCCUCAUUGAUAACCUAGUCUGCACUGAUAAACACAAUCAGCUGGACCUUCUGCUGACAGCAGCUUUGUCAUCAAUGACCCAAGCCCAAAUUACCACCACUGAAGCCUCAAGAAUCAUUACAACGAUGGCAACGAAAAAUCUUCAUGGUUACGAAAUGAUUUUGAACUUCCUGCGCGACAAUGACUUUGUCCUGAAAUAUCGCUUUACAUAUCUCCAAAUCCAAAACAUCUUCCGGGAGCUCAGUCGACAAACCUACAGCGAAAGCAACGUAGAGCAACUUCAGGCCCUCUUCAAGACCUACGAAACGCAACUGGGUGCAGACUUUGAGACUGAAUUCAAUGGAAUAAUUUCAGGAAAUAUGAAUUGGAUGCAGGAUGUAGCGAAUCCGGCUAUUGAUCAGAUGCGCUACUACGUUGCCAGUGGAUCCUACAUCUUCAUGUCUACAAUGGCUAUCUUCAUCGCUGUGAUUUCUUUCGUCUUCUUGCAAUACAGUCAGUUGUUGUGCAAAAUUGAGUUGGGCAAGAUGCUCAAGUGGUUUGUAGUGCUACUGGCCACAGUUGCUGUGGUUGCAGCAAAACCUCUUCUAGAAUCCAGGAUAGCCGAUGUAGAAGUACUAGACGAUGACGAGACCUACAGGCUGCCCAAUAAUACCAGUCCACAGCACUACAGCGUAUGGCUAAGGACAUGGAUUGAUGAAGGGAAUUUUGAUUUUGAAGGAAGAGUUACAAUCACACUGAUUCCUGUGGAAGCAAACACCAGAUACAUCACCAUCCAACAUAGACAGCUGAACAUUGCUCCAAAUGUUACUCUCACAAGAGUUACAAGUCUUCCAGUUGUAGACGUUCCAAUUGAUCCUUUCACCUACAACAGCACCUAUGAAUUCCUAACGAUUCCCAUUCAAGCUCAAGAAGGUCUGGUUUUGGGACAAGUUUACGAACUAACGAUCUACUUCACUGGAACCCUUAGAAAUGAUCAAGCUGGAUUCUACAGGGCUUAUUAUGAUACUCCUGGUGGUAGAGUUUGGUACGCUACAACUCAAUUUGAGUCUACAGAUGCUCGUCACGCUUUCCCAUGCUACGAUGAGCCCGCUUUCAAAGCCACAUUUGACAUCAGUAUUACCCACAAUGCCACAUACAAUGCAAUCUCUAAUAUGCCAGUGAGAGAGAUAAUUCCUGUGGGAGGUUCCAAUCAUGUAACAACCGUUUUUGGCACUACAGUAAAAAUGUCCACAUAUCUUCUGGCAUUUGUUGUGUCAGACUUUGUAUAUCGCGAAGAUGCCCGUCCAAAAGUGCCCCAGCGCAUCUAUUCUCGUCAAAGUCUCAUCGAUGAGACGGAAUUUGGACUUGAAGCUGGAGUUAAGAUCCUCGAAGCUCUUGAGAAAUAUCUUGAUAUACCCUAUUCUCUACCGAAAAUGGAUCAGAUAGGAAUCACUCAAUUUGCUGCCGGAGCCAUGGAGAACUGGGGCUUGGUCACUUAUCGUGAGAGUGCUCUCUAUCUCAAUCCCCAGACAUCUCUAACACGACAGAAGGACGUCAUUGCGACUAUUGUGGCUCACGAAUAUGGUCAUCAAUGGUUCGGAAAUCUCAUUAGUCCCAAAUGGUGGACCUACAUCUGGCUCAAUGAAGGUUUUGCUACGCUUUAUGAAUACGAAGCUGCCGAUAUGGCCUUCCCGGAACUUAGGAUUGGGGAACUCUUUACUGUUGAAGCAAUGCAUGGGGUUUUCGGAUCAGACUCUACCACAAGUACUAGAGCCAUGUCCACUUAUGCAGAGUCACCAAACGCAAUUGAUAGGCUAUUCGAUAACAUUGCCUAUCCCAAAUCUGGAUCUGUCCUGCGAAUGACCAAACACUUCCUCACCGAAACUAUUUGGAAGGAUGGUCUCAAGAGAUACUUUGCAGCAAGGCAAUACGAUGCUGCCGAAGCUGACGAUCUCUUCAAUGCUCUGCAAGCUGCAGCUACGGCCAGUGGACUUGCUCCUCUUCCCACUGGCGUUACUGUUAAGACAAUUCUCGAUAGUUGGUCGCUUCAAGCUGGGUAUCCCCUUGUUGAAGUCAGCCGAGUUUACGGAGGCAGCAAUACCUUUACUACUCGCCAGAGACGAUUCAUUGCUACUGAUGCUAAUCACAACAUUGAUACCACAUGGUGGGUGCCUAUUAGUUUGGCUUCAAGAGAUCGCCCUGACUUCUACAACACAGCUCCGAAUUUCUGGCUCCCACAGGGAACCACUGAAACGAACUUUUCACGACCCAUUGAGUUCAGCUACACCGAUUCCGAUUGGAUCCUUAUCAAUAAAAUGCAAACUGGCUACUACCGCGUCAAUUACGAUACGAGGAACUGGCAAUUGUUGGCUGAUGAAUUGGUCAACGGAGAUUAUACACGCAUUCAACUCAUUUCCCGAGCACAACUUCUCGACGAUGCCCUCGAUUUGGCAAGAUACGAACGCUUAGGUUUUGACACAGCACUUUCCAUCGUUAAUUACCUUCGUCGUGAGACUGACUAUAUUCCCUGGACUGCAGCAGAUUCUGGAAUUACCUGGGUUCGCCGUUAUGUAAUCAAUUCUGAUACAACUGGAAGAUUUAGGCAUUUCCUACGCGAGAUUUCAGAUGCACUCUACAACAAAUACCGAGCUGUAAGUGUCCCUUGCGAGACAUACUUUGACAAAUUGGCUAGAAAUCUGGGAAUUAAGUGGGCCUGCUCAUCUGGCAAUGCUGCUUGUCUUGCUGGAACAACAGCCGAACUUAGGAAAGUCUUCCUCACUGGUCAAGAUAUCGAACCUGAUCUUCGCACCGUAAUGUACUGCAAUGGUAUGAGAGGAGCCAAUCAAGAUGACUUUGGAACUCUUUGGACAAAGUUUGAGGAUAGUACUGGCAGCAGUGACCGAAACUUCUACAUUGAUGCUCUGGUCUGCAACGAAAAUGCAGUGGUUCUGAGAAACUUCCUCAAUGAGCUGUUUUCUGCCACAAGUCAAUCCUCAGCAUCGUCAAGUGAGAAACAAAGGGCAUUCAAUGGAAUCUAUGGUGCUUCAUCUGUCGGUCUAAAUGUCAUCCUCGAGUUCUUCCGUUCAAAUACCGCCCGUGUAUCAGCAAUCUAUGGAAACCAAGUAGGAUCGAGGCUCAUCUCACUGGCUGGCGAAGUGACAACAGAUGCAGAAAGGCAGAUCAUUGAGCAAAUUAUUACGAAUUUGGGUACCAGUAUCACAGCUCAACAAGCUACAAGUGCAAGAAAUGCCAUCACCAACAAUUUGAACUGGGUUGCAGCCAAUGAGAAUGCAAUCAAUAGUUUCCUCACGGAGGUCUAUGGAGAUGUUGACUUUAAUGGAAAACCACCUGCACCCAUUCCAACACCCGAUCCUCCGGUACCAACUGUCACUACUCCUCAGCCCGGACAGCCAACUACCGCUCCUCCAGGUGGAGACGGAGGAGCAGGCUCAAUUGCUGCAUCGAUAAUUCUUCUUUGUAUCUCCGCCAUGCUAAGUCAAUUCCUCAAUUGA